AUGACAGAAAGAGUCAGACUGACAUCAGCCAAAUCCAGAAGAAGUAGCCACAAAGAGAAACUAUUGACAGCAGAGCUGGAGAAUGUCGAAAGUUCAAGAAGAAACAAAUAUGGAGACAAUAAAUACAGCCCCAAGGAAAAUGUCCGAAUUGAAGUCCUGGAGGAAAAAAUUAAAGUAGAUUCCAAAAACCAUGACAAAGAAAAAGAAAAAAUAAUGUCUGAAAAAGACAAGGAAAUCAAAUCAUUGGAAGCAGAGAAUGAAUGUCUUAAGAUUGAGGUCGCCAACAAAACAGACAAAAUUCGACAAUUAAGCAACGCCAACAAUAAAAAAGAGUUUUUGCUUGAGAAAAGAGAACAUGACAUUAAAGAAAUACAGAGGGAAAACGAAGUGUUAAAAAAACGUGAAGAAAGUCUUCAUGUGGAAAUCAAACGCCUUGAGAAUGAGCAUAAACUUAUGUCAGAGACUUACAAAGAAACACUUUCCAUGGUCAAAAAUCAGCAAGAAGAAAUAAAAUCAAUGGAGUUGAAAAUCAUUAGCUUAAAAGAGGAAUUGGAAAAGCUCAAAGCAGAAAAGGAAGAGCAGGAAAAGAAACUAUGCGCAAAAUUGACAUCAAUAGAGAAGAAAAUGGAAGCAAGCGACCAAGAAGCAAGAAUUCGUGAGCAAGAACGAGAAAGAAAAAUGGAGGAGAGAGAAAGAAAGCGGGAAGAAGAAGCUAAGAGACGAGAGAGAUUGCGAGAUGAAGAAUGGGAACGGAGAGAGGCAAAGCGAGAUAAAGAAACAAAGGAAAACCAGAGGAUGAUAAUGGAAGAAAUGAAGAAAAUCUCGAGUGCUGUAAGGAAUAGCGAAACUCAAAUUCGAAAUGACAUCAAAGAAAACGCAACGGCAAGUCCAAACGAAAAUGUUGUCAUCACUGAAGCCAAGAAUUUCAGCAUCCAGAACGACAGUCAUUACUAUCAUGGUCCUCGUACAUUUUACCGACAACAACCUGCCAUCAACACGAGAGGGAGGAUACACCCUCUGGUCCAGUGUUCUUUUCCAAGCAAAAUAGGCAUCACUCAAAACAAAAGGGGAGGGAAUCCAAAGGGUUCCUACUGAUGAGGAUUUUAAACCGUACGUAUAUACAACUCUGACAAAGUCUGGACAGUUCUUGCGCUCCCUAUGACUGCUUGUUCUUCAAUUGAUAAUGUUAAAAGAGAACAACAACAAAAAUUAAAACGUAAAUGCCAAAUAUUUAAAGUUUUACAAAUCGAUUUAGGAACAUUUGUCAACUAUUUACUUCAACUGUUUUCAUGCGUAAUU